GUUCCAAGAUGGCGGCGUUGGCGUUGAGAUGUGUCGGUCGGCGAUGCCUGCUGGCUCGGCUUGGCCCCGGCCUUUCUGUGCGACACGUUGUCCCGAUGGGAACAACAGCCAAGGAGGAGAUGGCCCGCUUCUGGGAGAAGAACACCAAGUCCAAUCGUCCCUUGUCCCCUCACGUCACCAUUUACAAGUGGUCCCUGCCCAUGGCGAUGUCCAUCACGCACCGGGGCACUGGCGUUGCGCUGAGCUUAGGAGUCUCUCUCUUCGGCCUGGCUGCCCUGCUGCUCCCAGAACAGUUUCCCCACUACCUGGCCAUGGUGAAGUCGCUCAGCCUGGGGCCUGCUCUCAUCUACUCUGCUAAGUUUGCUCUGGCUUUCCCCUUCUCCUACCACACCUGGAAUGGAGUCCGACACCUUGCAUGGGACAUGGGGAAGGGGUUCAAGAUCCCCCAGGUCAACCAAUCCGGGGUGCUGGUCCUGAUCUUGACCCUGCUCUCCUCCGCGGGCCUCGCGGCGAUGUGAAGGUACCUCCCGGUUGACGGCCUCCCUUUUUUUGGAAGAUUUACUCCAUCCUGGCCCACCUCAAGACGUGCAUGGAAAGGGAGGCGGGAGGACAAGCUCCCAAUAACUACAAAUCUUUGGGGAAGGUGGCACUGCCCCUCCUCGCAAAUCUUGUGGAUGAUCAGAGUUGCUUUUCAUUAGCCCGGGUGAUGUGCUAACCCCCUCUUAGUGGUGGGGGAACAGGCCCGGCUGUCUCCUGCCGUGCCACAUGCCUGAGCAGCCGCAGAAAGCCGGGCACAAAUUAACAGCUGAUCUCGGCACAUUCAAUCUUUCGCAGAGAACUGCCUAGCUUCUUCCAGGCAAACUCCAGGACAUUUCUUUUCUCUGCUCUGUCCCCAAGCUUGAGACAAUGCUGAAUCUGUGUCCCCACAGGUCCGAGUGGGCUCAGGGAUGGCUGGUAGUGCGUGUGUAGGCCCGGCACAGGACAAGCAUCUCCAUUGAGGCAGCCUGUGCCAGGGCAGGGAGAGCAGGCGGAGCUGCCAACGCCAGCACCCGUGAGGGGAAUGGGUGAUCAGUGCCGUCCGGGUGCCGCACCAGUCGCGGCACCCUGUGCUUUCCGAGCCUGGCAGCGUGAGCCGGCGGAGAUGAGGUGCUCAGACCUGCAGAGGUUCAGUCCCCACUCCUUAUCCUUGAAAUGUCAUGAUUCAGCCAGCUUUGGGGCCUUGGAUCCCCUGACAGUGAAAAUGUCCGAUUUUCCCCUGUUAGGAUAAGUUACCCUGUCCCUGGCACGACAGGGAGGGACGUGGUUUUCCAGUCGCGUGUUGCCACCAGCUCUUGUUUCAGCACUUGUCACUCAUCCACCUUUGCAAUAAAGCAGCCUUGAUCCUGCACGCUGA